AUGAAGACACUAUCUCUUAUCUUCUGCACUCUUGUUAUGGCAACAAUUUCAAUGCCAGCAGGCACUAACUGCAGAGUCAUACAGCAAAACAAGGCCAAUCUGAUUGAAGAAACUUGCGAGCAGACACCCCAUCGCGAUCUUUGCAUCCAAUACCUCUCAUCUGACCCUCGCAGCACCGAUGCAGAUGUCACAGGGCUAGCUCUAAUCAUGGUCAAAGUAAUCAAAACCAAAGCAAACAAAGCCUUGGACAAGAUCCACCAACUUCUUCAGGAAAGCCCUGAACCUGGUCAAAAGGAAGCACUGAGUUCGUGUGCUGAUAGAUACAAGGCAAUUCUGGAAGCUGAUGUGGCAGUAGCCAUUGCUGCUCUGCAGAAAGGAAACCCCAAGUUCGCAGAAGAUGGUGCGAAUGAUGCUGCUAUUGAGGCCACCUCUUGUGAAAACAGUUUCUCUGGGAAAUCGCCACUCACUAAUGAGAACAAUGCUAUGCAUGAUGUUGCAGCCACAACAGGAGCUAUAGUUAGACAACUGCUCUAG